AUGGAGGGCCACAGUCCCUAUUCAAAUCGCAGCCGGUCGCCCUCUGCCAGCGUGAACAAUCGCAAUGUCAGCCCCUCACCGCAUGCACCCUUCCACGACGUGAAUGCGAUUUCGCUCGACCCGUCUAUGAUCUCGGCGACUGGCACCUUCUCCGACGUCUCUUACGCAUCUGCUCUACCGGAAUCGACUGGCACCGAACCCUUCGCGGUCAAUAAUAAUUCUUUCCUCGCCGCCCAACAUCCCUCCCCCCACUCAGACAACGCUUUCGUGCACAAUCAGCAGUUUUCGUCAUCCUUUGCUGCCAGUUUUAGCAACCAGCUCGAGCAGUCGUCCGGUCACCAGGAGGAGAACUUUUCAAACUUGCUCCAUUCCAACCCGACUGAUUUCGACUUUACACAGUACCCGACAGAUAAUACUGGCGUAUCGAGCAACUUCGAGUCUUCACUGUUGCUUGACCCUCAGCAACAGACUCAACAAUCUUCGCAAGGAACCCAAUUGAUGAAUUCAGGUGACCUCUCAGGCCAGAUGGGAUCUCCUCAUUUGUUGACCCCCGAGCAUCGCUCAUCCCCUGGCAAUAGCCACACUUCACCGCCGGUUGCGUCACCCCCGUUCUAUUCACCUCAACAUUCUCGCCAUACAUCAUUGGAUCCCGUCAGCGCUGCCUAUAUGACUAGUCAGUCUCAAACAGAUUGGCAGGGAAUGCUAGGGAAUCCAGCUUUUCAAGGCCAUCGCCGUGCUCCAUCGGAGCAUUCAGAUGUUUCCUCAGUUUCCCACCACUCGCCUUACACGGGCCAACAAGAAUCGUUUGAGACUGUCGAUGGCACAUCACCUUCUCUCGUUGCACAAAAUGAUCCCAUUCUUUAUGACAAUGCUUUGGGGAUUGAAGCGUUUACCUUGUCAGAACAACAGCAGCAACAACAGCAAGGGCUAAGCCCUCGCCAUAGCCCUUUUGUCUCGCCGCAAAUACCUUCCCAGGAUGUCAGUAAUGAGGGGUUUUUUCUUGCUGGGCAGCAAGCCACUACUCAGUUCCCUGCGAUGCCAACUGACAUCUAUGCUGCACCUAAUGAAGGUGUAAUGGCAAACAUGCAGGCACAAGAUUUGCAGUCUGCAGAUGGCGGCCAGCUCAAUAACAUGGGUCCUCCACCAUCCAUUAAUGUAGAGUUCGCUCCUCCCUCUAGGAUACCCAGCUUUGGUCCUGGAAAUGACGCUGAUUUUGAUGGACUUUCGCCGCCUUCCCGCUCUCGAGGAAGAAGUAAAUCUGACCCAUUUGGGCGUCCUAACCCUAAUCGCCCACAUUCAUCCUCUGUAUCAUCAACUGGCAGUAUGGACCCUGCUGUGGGAUCUUCUCCGCGGUCCUUGUCACCCUUCAACCCAAUGGGUGGGUCGCGUAGUAAUCCUGGAUCUCGGGAUGUUUCGCCAGCAUCCAAAUCAGGCCGCCGACUAUCUACGUCUUCCAUUGAAAGUCGUAAUUAUAUUCUUGACCUGGCUGAUCCCCAGCGUUCCGGAGCAACUACCAGCGAGUCAAGGCGUACCCAAAAGCAUCCUGCCACGUUCCAGUGCACCCUCUGUCCCAAACGCUUUACUCGCGCAUAUAACUUGCGUUCUCAUCUCCGAACUCAUACGGAUGAACGCCCGUUCGUUUGUACGGUAUGUGGAAAAGCCUUUGCGCGCCAGCAUGACCGAAAGAGGCAUGAGGGAUUACAUUCAGGUGAGAAAAAGUUCGUGUGCCGCGGUGACCUUUCUGGAGGAGCCCAGUGGGGGUGUGGCCGAAGGUUUGCUCGUGCAGAUGCUCUGGGCCGUCAUUUCCGGUCGGAGGCUGGCAGGAUAUGUAUUAAGCCUUUGUUGGAUGAAGAAGCCGACGAGAGGAAUAGAAUUAUGAUGGAGCAGCAGCAACAGGCUGGGCAUCUGCAACCUGUUCAACAACCCCUCAUGGUUGCCGGCUUGGAUAGUCAGUCGGGAUUUACGCUUCCUGCUGCUCUGCUUGCUCAAUACCCGGCUUUGCAGACUUUACAAUGGGACCAGAUUGCGACGACUGCAGAUGAUCCUAAUGAUAUCAGCGGCCGAAGCAGUUUUGAUGCCAGCUCAGGCGGGGAAUAUGGGUAUGAUGACGACGAUCUUGGCGGUAGUUUCAAUGCUACUGGGUCCAUGUACGGUAUUAAUAACUCUGGGGCCCAGAAUUUUGGCAUAAACCCACCGAAUCCUAAUUUCGGGGGCCAGGAAUGGCAACAAUAG